UUAAAUGUGCCUGGUUUAGGGAAGAUAGGCUUUACUAAAUGGCUGCAUACUGCUUGUUUGACUCUCUGUCUCAGUUUCCCUAUUCUGCUUGACCUGGCUUACUAGCCUGUCUCAAGAACUCACAUGGAAGUUGUGUCAUCAUGAAAAACAAAUAGGACAGACAGCCUUAGACAAUAUUGCAAAAGCCAAUUUUCCCACUUAAGUAACAGCAGAGGGACUGGGAUAGGUGAUAUCCUCUUCAACCCAUGCUUCCAAACCAACCAGCCAGAUGAGUACUGGUGCCACUGCUUGCAAACAGGAACAGAACCGAGAGGCUGUCACUUUCCGCCCGGCAGGCCAAGCAGAGAAAGGGCUUCAUGGUCUCAGAAAGGAGCCAAUGCACAAAUGCACAAAGGGUUCUUGGGUCUCCCACAGCUACGAAAACAACUCUUAUGGGUCAACCUCUUGCAAAAAGCACUCGCUGCGCUGGGAGGCUAUUGGAAGCUGUGUUUGCAGUCACACUGCUACCAAGGAUCCCGGGUUCUCCGCAGCCUUGCAGGGUGGGUGCUAUCCCCAGUACCCUUUCCCAAGUUCCCCGCCUGCUUCCAACAUUCCUAUGACGUCAUGGCUUUCCCUAGCCUACAAGUGCGACCGCGCAUGCGCGCAGCAUGCUGCGGGUGGCGACUGAGCCUGCGCGGGAGCAUUUGGCGAGCCGGCUUCGCAGUUGCGGCGUCAGGUUUGGCAGCGGUACCAGAGGCUUCGGGUCAGAGAGGAGUUUUGUGGGGCGGACCCCGCAGUCCACGGAGAGAGCCAGCGGUGGAGUCCGGGCCGGCGGAGGCUGGGCCAGAGUGACCAAAGCAGGAGGGGGCCAUCUUGCGUCCAGCAGAGUUGAACCAGAGGAUUCACCCAUCGCUUCUAUGGCUGCCUCACAAACUUCACAAACUGUUGCAUCUCACGUUCCUUUUGCAGAUUUAUGUUCAACUUUAGAACGAAUACAGAGAAGUAAAGGACGUGCAGAUAAAAUCAGACACUUCAGGGAAUUUUUAGAUUCUUGGAGAAAAUUUCAUGAUGCCCUUCAUAAGAACCAGAAAGAUGUCACAGACUCUUUUUAUCCUGCAAUGAGACUUAUUCUUCCUCAGCUAGAAAGAGAGAGAAUGGCCUAUGGAAUCAAAGAAACAAUGCUUGCUAAGCUUUAUAUUGAAUUGCUCAAUUUACCUAAAGAUGGAAAAGAUGCUCUUAAACUUUUAAAUUACAGGACACCUACUGGAAUUCGCGGAGAUGCUGGAGACUUUGCCAUGAUUGCAUACUUUGUAUUGAAACCAAGAUGUUUACAGAAAGGAAGUCUAACCAUCCAGCAAGUAAAUGACAUUUUGGAUUCAGUUGCCACCAAUAAUUCUGCCAAAAGAAAGGACCUAGUAAAGAAGAGUCUUCUUCAGCUAAUAACUCAGAGUUCAGCACUUGAACAAAAGUGGCUAAUACGAAUGAUUGUGAAGGACUUAAAGCUGGGUUUUAGUCAGCAAACUGUAUUUUCUCUUUUUCAUAAUGAUGCUGCUGAGUUGCAUAAUGUCACCACAGAUCUGGAAAAAGUCUGUAGGCAACUGCAUGACCCUUCAGUAGGGCUCAGUGAUAUCUCUAUCACUUUAUUCUCUCCCUUUAAACCAAUGCUCGCUGCAAUAGCAGAUAUUGGGCGAAUUGAGAAGGACAUGAAAAACCAGAGUUUCUAUAUUGAAACCAAGCUAGAUGGCGAGCGUAUGCAAAUGCACAAAGAUGGGGAUGUAUAUGCAUAUUUCUCCCGAAAUGGCUAUAAAUAUACAGAACAGUUUGGUGCUUCUCCACAGGAAGGUUCUCUUACACCAUUCAUUCAUAAUGCAUUCAGAACAGAUAUACAGAUUUGUAUCCUUGAUGGUGAGAUGAUGGCCUACAAUCCUAAUACACAAACUUUUAUGCAAAAGGGGAAUAAGUUUGAUAUUAAAAGAAUGGUAGAAGAUUCUGAUCUGCAAACUUGUUACUGUGUUUUUGAUGUAUUGAUGGUCAAUAAUAAAAAGCUAGGACAUGAAACCCUGAGAAAGAGAUACGAAAUUCUUAGUAGUAUUUUUACACCAGUACCAGGCAGAAUAGAAAUAGUGGAAAAAACACAAGCUCAUACUAAUAAAGAAGUAAUUGAUGCUCUGAAUGAAGCAAUAGAUAAAAGAGAAGAGGGAAUCAUGAUAAAACAUCCUCUAUCCAUUUAUAAGCCAGACAAAAGAGGUGAAGGAUGGUUAAAAAUUAAACCAGAGUAUGUAAAUGGCCUCAUGGAUGAACUGGACAUCAUAAUUGUCGGGGGCUAUUGGGGUAAAGGUGCACGGGGUGGAAUGAUGUCUCAUUUUUUGUGUGCUGUCGCAGAGAAGCACGCUUCUGGUGAAAAACCAUCAGUGUUCCAUACUCUCUGUCGUAUUGGCUCAGGUUACACCAUGAAAGAACUGUAUGAUCUGGGUUUGAAACUGGCCAAGCAUUGGAAGUCUUUUCAUAAAAAAGCUCCACCAAGUAGCAUUUUAUUUGGAACAGAGAAGCCAGAAGUGUACAUUGAGCCUUGUAAUUCUGUCAUCGUUCAGAUUAAAGCAUCAGAGAUUGUUCCCAGUGACAUGUAUAAAACUGGCUGCACUUUGCGUUUUCCACGAAUUGAAAAGAUCAGAGAAGACAAAGAGUGGCAUGAGUGCAUGACUCUGGAUGACUUAGAACAACUUCGAGGGAAAGCAUCUGGAAAGCUUGCGUCUAAACACCUUUAUGUUGGUGGUGAUGAUGAACCCCAAGUAAAAAAGCGGAAAGCUCCCUCCAAAAUUAAGAAAGUUAUUGGAAUUAUUGAGCACUUAAAAGCACCUAACCUUUCUAACGUAAACAAAGUUUCCAAUAUAUUUGAAGAUGUGGAGUUUUGUGUUAUGAGUGGAAUAAAUGGCCAUCCAAAGCCUGACCUGGAGAACAGAAUUGCAGAAUUUGGUGGUUAUAUAGUACAAAACCCAGGCCCAGACACAUACUGUGUUAUUGCAGGGUCUGAGAACAUAAGAGUGAAAAAUAUAAUUUCUUCAAAUAAACAUGAUGUUGUCAAGCCUGAGUGGCUGUUAGAAUGUUUUAAGACCAAAAGCUGUGUGCCAUGGCAGCCUCACUUUAUGAUUCAUAUGUGCCCAUCAACAAAACAACAUUUUGCCCGUGAAUAUGAUUGUUAUGGUGAUAGUUAUUUUGUUGAUACAGAUUUGAACCAACUGAAGGAAGUAUUCUCAGGAAUUAAAGAUUCUAGUGAACAGACUCCUAAAGAAAUGGCCUCUGUGAUUGCUGAUUUAGAGUAUCGAUAUUCCUGGGACUGCUCUCCCCUGAAUAUGUUUCGAAAUCACACCAUUUACUUGGACUUGUAUACUGUUAUUAAUGACUUGAAUACCAAAAUCGAGGGAACAAGAUUAGCUAUUACAGCCUUAGAGCUUCGAUUUCAUGGAGCAGAAGUAGUUUCUUGUUUAGCUAAGGGAGUAUCUCAUGUAAUCAUUGGGGAGGAUCAUAGUCGUGUUGCAGAUUUUAAAGCUUUUCGAAGAACUCUUAAGAGAAAGUUUAAAAUUCUGCAAGAAGGUUGGGUAAUUGAUUCAAUAGACAAAUGUGAGUUACAGGAUGAAAAUCAAUAUUUGGUUUAAAGCUUGUUUUUCUAGUAAGGAAAUCAUCUGAUUUGGCCAACCCCUAACAGGUGAUAAUGAUAAAAUAUUAAACUAAAUUUUAUUUUUAUCUCUUAAUAUCUAUGCUUGAAUAAUAUUAUUAGAUAUAGGAAAACAAUAAUUUUCACUUUUGAAGUAGA